AUGUUACCAGCAUUAUUAAUUCUAUAUCUUGGUGCUUUUAUUACCAUCUUAGUAAAAGCAUCACCAAUAACAUUUAUUCUAGAUAAGAAUAAACAAGAAUGUUUUUAUUUGUUGACUCCAGAUACUGAUUGUGAAAUAACCUAUUAUUUUUCUUCUACACAAGACGGAACCUCUGAAGGCAUCACUACUAAUAAACCUGAUCUAAACUAUGAAAUUUUUGCACCAGAUUCCAGGGAUGUGCCUAUAAUCUCCAAACAAAAUGAAAGAAAGGGCCAAUGGGGGUUUGUCGGAAAGCAUAGAGGAGAAUAUUCAUUCUGUUUCAAAAACCCAUCCUUAUAUGAUCCAAUUCCGGUUGAAUUGGAAUUGACUUAUAAAUGUGAGAAACAGAGCAGUCUUGAUAAGAAGCGUGCUAUUAGAAGGCAAGAACAUAAAAUCGAACAUCCAAUUGAACAAAUUAGUGAACAAAUGUAUAUUUCUUUAUCGGACAGAUUAGACUCUAUUGAAAGGCAAUUAUAUAUGUUGGAAAAGAAUAUGAAAUAUUACAUAACCAGGAAUGAUAGAAAUCAUUACACUGUCAGUUCUACUGUUAAUAGAAUAACAAUGUUUAGUAUAUAUGGUAUAUUGUUAAUUAUUGGAAUGUCGUGGUGUCAAAUAAUGAUAUUGAAAUGGAUCUUCAACAGAUCAAGAAAAUGA